CCACAUCUGUCCGUUCGUCUUGAACAAAAUCCGGAAGUUUAAGGAAAGGCGAAACAAAAAUUAAGUUAAAACUUAAACCAACUUUACUCUGUGUUGCUGCAACAUUGAACUGUCAUUGUGUUGUGCGUAUACAUUUCACGACUAAAUGGCCGGUAGGCAACAUUUAAAGGACGGGUUUUACCGUGUAGAACUAAACAAAACUGUUUGGGAGGUUCCAAAUCGUUACCAGUUUCUCAGCCCAGUAGGGUCUGGCGCAUACGGACAAGUAUGUUCUGCUGUGGACAAAAAGACAAACCAUAAAGUAGCUAUAAAGAAGUUGUCAAGGCCCUUUCAAUCUGCAAUACAUGCAAAACGUACAUACAGAGAACUACGUAUGUUAAAACAUAUGCAGCAUGAAAAUGUGAGUAUCCAGCAUGAAAAUGUUAUUGGAUUGCUAGAUGUUUUCACGCCAACUGAGACUUUUGAAGAUUUUGAUGAAGUGUACAUGGUGACAGCUUUAAUGGGUGCAGAUAUGAACAAUAUUAUAAAAACACAGAGACUUAGCGAUGAUCAUGUUCAAUUUCUUAUUUAUCAAGUGCUGCGAGCAAUGAAGUAUAUCCAUUCAGCAGGAAUUAUACACAGGGAUUUAAAACCAAGCAAUAUAGCUGUGAAUGAAGAUUGUGAAUUAAAGAUAUUGGAUUUUGGGCUGGCACGUCACACAGACGAUCAGAUGACAGGGUAUGUGGCUACACGUUGGUAUCGAGCACCAGAAAUUAUGCUCAAUUGGAUGCAUUAUAAUCAAACAGUUGAUGUAUGGUCAGUGGGUUGUAUAAUGGCAGAGAUGUUGACUGGUAGACCAUUGUUUCCUGGCACAGAUCAUAUUGAUCAGCUUACGAAAAUUUUGUCCUUAGUUGGUUCACCAUGUGAGAAACUACUAGCUAAGAUCAGUAGUGAAGAG